GAUUAGACGUGGCAACACUUAAUUUGAAGCCGGUUUGAACUUUGAUCUAGAUUAUUUUCUCUAAUAAUUUUAAAGAUAACAGAUCAUCAGGGCAAAUGUCAAUAUCUGCACAAUCUUACAGUAGAGCUCCGACAAUAAUUGUAAGCAUCGACGUAGCACUUCAGCUUAAAAUGGGAAAGAAAAGCUACCUGGCAAUGAGGACAGAUCAAGAAACCAGUGACUCGAUUGUUUCAGAUAUCAAAGACUUGUCCGAGGCUGCUAAGAAGCUAGCCAAUCACGCCAUCAAGCUUGGUGGGUUGGGUUUUGGGACCUCUUUUCUUGAAUGGCUUGCUUCUUUUGCUGCAAUUUAUUUGUUGAUCUUGGAUCGAACAAACUGGAGAACAAACAUACUUACUAGCUUAUUAAUCCCUUACAUUUUCUUUACUCUUCCUUCAAUACUGUUCAGCUUUUUCAGGGGAGAGGUUGGAAAAUGGAUUGCUUUUGUUGCUGUUAUAUUGCGGCUUUUCUUCCCAAGACGUUUCCCAGAUUGGCUGGAAAUGCCAGGUGCUCUGAUUCUUCUGAUAGUAGUGGCUCCCAGUUUGUUUGCAAGCACGUUAAGGAGUAGCUGGGUAGGUGUGGUAAUAUGCCUUGUCAUUGCUUGUUAUUUGCUUCAAGAACAUAUCCGGACAUCUGGUGGGUUCAGAAACUCAUUUACAAAAGCUCACGGCAUAUCAAAUUCCAUUGGCAUAAUCCUUCUGUUUGUUUAUCCUGCCUGGGCUUUGGUAAUUGAUUUCCUUUAAUGCAGAACUCAGAAGAUUGUCCAUUAUGUUCACAUUGGCAAAUUUAUUUUUGAAUUUUUCUGUGUAUCAUAACAUGUCCAGACUUAAAAUUGCAUUGCCCUUGCUGUGUUAUUGAGACCUAAAAGUCUUAAUUCAGUUAUUCAUUUGCCAUUUCUGUACACAAAAUUUGUUGGAACCUUGGAAAGUUGCUGCAUUACCGUUACCUGUAAUAAACAGUGUUCAAAUGUCAUGGAGAUUUUAUUGGAGAUAUAUACUAUUGUUUAUCUUGUUGCCAA